GCUACAUUCUCUCGCGGGAGAUGGUAUCCUAGAUCACUAUCGCUCUUCAUCAACUUAUACGUUCACUUCUUAGCACUAUGUCGGCACAAGAAAAACCCACCGUCCUCUUCAUCCAUGGGGCUUGGCAUCUACCCAUUCACUACCGCGCUCUUCUCGACGAGCUACGGAGUUUAGGGUAUCCCAUAUUGGCUCCGUACCUAGUCACAACGGGAUACGAUGACACUAUAGAUGAUAAAACACACGUCGAGGCCACCUCCCAAGUCCGAGAUUUCUUGACCCCAUACUUGGACCAGGGCCGCAAGGUGGUCGUGGUAGCCCAUAGCUUCGGCGGCAUCAUCGCAUCGCAAGCUUCAGUCGGCUUGACGCUGGAGGAUCGGGCAGCUCGGGGGCUCCAAGGCGGCAUUGCUAGUGUCGUGUUUGUCGCAGCCCUCACCGAGGCGAAGCAUGGAAGGCCCGAUCAAGUAGUACCUUUUCCACCGGGAUGGACAGAUUUUAAAAAACGACCAGUGCCGGAUGAACUUGCGCGGGUAUUAUUCUAUGGAGGCAUCGAUGAGCAGCGUAUACAAGACGCCUUGAAAGCGCUUGUGUGGCAGAGCGAGAAUACGUAUGGUCCCGCCGGCUUGAAUACGCCGGCAGAGGUUAAGGCCCCGAAAACUUAUGUGGUAUGCAAAAAGGAUGGUAUCGUCAAACCGGAGAGCCAGUACGAGCGGGCCAAGGCGGCAGGAGCCGAGGUCGUGGAACUAGAUUGUUGUCAUAGUCCAUUUUUAUUGGAUCAGGAGAGAUCUGUACUGGUGGACGUCAUUAACAAGGCAGCCCGAGUAUAGUGAUUUAUCUGAGGAAGUAUUAUAAAAUUAGUUGGACUAUCUGCGUCAUAGCAAUGGUAGAAAUUACUGAUCGGAAUGCAGUGUGUCAUCGCUACGGGAAAAAGGAAAUGCUUUCACCAGGUUCAAGCCUGGAUGUUGAAGUAAUUUUAUAGGCUGUGUAAAGCUCAUAAAUAAAAAGGGGUAUUGAGACCCAGCUUUGGCUUCGACCACCC